GAAUAAUAAUCGUUGCGUGUAUGUUUAUUCCGGACUUUCAUUUUGGCUGUUAAAAUAAGUAAAUUAAUUAUUCAUGAGCCUUCUACACCCAUCACAGGAAAACACAGCUACGGGGGGUGCGGUCUUUCCUGUGGUCGGGAGCGGAAGCGGAAAUUCGGCCAUCUCCUCGCAUAUUCAAGCUACAACAGGUUUUCAUCCCCCUACACCUGUGGCUUUGCGACCCAAUGUUGCCACAGGAAGAAACAGACAAACUGAGAUACAGCUCUCCCUGAAUGAGUGACGCACAAGACAGGAAAACAGAAGGACACCAAGAAGAGAGAGCCUUAUUCUGCAUCAUUCUUGUGUAACAGAUCGCAUCAGAAUUCGACGGCCACACCAUUGCCAUGUCGACCUCAUCGCUACGGCGACAAGUAAAGAACAUCGUCCACAACUAUUCAGAGGCUGAAAUCAAGGUUAGAGAAGCGACGUCCAAUGACCCCUGGGGUCCCAGCAGCUCUCUGAUGUCAGAGAUCGCUGAUCUGACCUACAAUGUUGUGGCCUUCUCAGAAAUCAUGAGUAUGGUGUGGAAACGCCUCAAUGACCAUGGCAAGAACUGGAGACAUGUGUACAAGGCUAUGACUCUUAUGGAGUACCUGAUUAAGACAGGUUCAGAACGUGUUGCCCAGCAGUGCCGAGAGAACAUAUAUGCAGUCCAGACCCUCAAGGAUUUCCAGUACAUAGACAGGGAUGGCAAAGACCAGGGCGUGAAUGUGCGAGAGAAAGCCAAACAGCUAGUGACGCUGUUGAAAGAUGAAGAGAGACUAAGAGAGGAGAGGAUUCAUGCCCUCAAAACCAAAGAGAAGAUGGCACAGACCUCCAGUGCUUCCUCGGCUCCCUCAGCACCCAGCCUGGGGGGCAGUCUGUCACUGGGCUCCCACUCCGGAGGGGCAGACCCUGAACAAGCCUGGCCACAGAGCUCUGGAGAGGAAGACCUGCAGCUACAGUUGGCUUUGGCCAUGAGUAAAGAAGAGGCAGAGCAGACUAGCACGGACCCUCUGGAGGAUGCAGAGCUCCGCUAUGCAAUCACACUCAGCAAAGAGAUGCAACAAAAGGAGGAGAGACUGCGUAGAGGUGAUGACCUGAGACUGCAAAUGGCCAUUGAGGAGAGUAAGAGGGAGAAGCCGAAGUCAGAGGAGAGCACCUUGAUGGAGCUGAGUGCUGUGGACCCCUGGGGCGCCCCUGCUGCCACCACUGUGGGUUCUGCUGGCCCCUCUCCUCCACCUACAGUUCCUGCUCCUUCUGCCUCAGGCCCGUGGGGCACAGCUCCCACAGACCCAUGGGGCAUGGCGUCCCCCACAUCCCCUACAAGUUCUGACCCUUGGGGUGGGGGAGCUCCACCCACUAUAGCCCCUCCUCCAGACCCCUGGGGAGAGACGUCCAACAGAGUUAACAACGUUGACCCCUGGGGUAGCUCAGCUGUGACCCCCCCCAGUGCCGACCCCUGGGGUCCCUCAGUGCCUCCCAGCACUUCCUCCUCGGGGGGGCCAGUAGACCCCUGGGCAAGGGACGGGCCUGUCCCUGCCUCUGACCCUAUCAGCUCCGACAUCUGGAGUGGCACCGUCAAACACACUAAUGGCACAGAAGACCCCGAGCGACGAGGGUCUUCAGCAGCAGGCGGUGACGGUACAAGCUCACCAGUGCAAUUUGACCUGUCAUCUCUCGGUUCUUCACUUCCUGUUCGUAAGACGCCUGAGUCCUUCCUCGGCCCCAACGCAGCAUUGGUGGAUCUUGAUUCCCUGGUAUCAUCUAAACCCAAACCCAAGCAACCGCCACCUCCUUCCGUCUCUUCCUCUUCAGCACACAACCCCUUAAGUUCAUCUCCCGCUCCUGGUAUGGCAGUGACUCCUGGCAGCACCAUCUCCAGUAGGGGGGUUUCUCCAACACCUGCCUCUUCCAACCCAUUUGGCGUGGCCCCAUCCAUGACUUCCAUCUCACCUCAGCCCUCAUCUCUCGGCCUGAGUGCCCUCCGCACCAGUCCUGUGCCUCCCAAUCCCAUGCUGGGCAUGGUGCAACCAGGAAUGGGCAUGGGGCCCAUGAGUGUAGGCAUGGGGGCUCCAGGAAUGGGCCUGAGCAUGGUGCAGGCCAGCCCCAUGGGCAUGCCCUACAGUGGGCUCUCUCCUAUGGCACCUCCAGGCUUGGCCCUGGGGGCCGGAGGUGCAGCACCUCCUCAGUUGAUUUUGGGUGGGCCCGCUGGAACAGGAGGAGUGAUGGGAGCAGGAGGAUCAGUGGGAGGUGGAGGGACAACGGGAGCAAGCACCAACCCUUUUCUUCUUUGAGGCAGUGUCACCACUACUUCUGUCUUACCUGCUGCCCCCCCUCAUUCAUCCCCCCCUUCAACAUGAUUUGUGUCCAAAAAGAAAAA